AUUUUGCUUUGAAAAAUACUGGUGAUGACAAAAACAGUAGCUACUUUGGAAUUGUUUUAAAAUGGAGAGAGAGAGAGAGAGAGAGAGAGAGAGAGAGAGAGAGAGAGAGAGAGAUGGAAAUCUACGAAGAAGUGGUGAUCGUUGGAGCAGGGAUCGCAGGGUUAGCAACAGCUCUGGCGUUAAAGAAGGUAGGGGUCCGGGCAUUGGUUCUUGAGAGGUCUCACGACCUACGUGCAGCUGGUGCUGCCAUUACUCUUUUCCCUAACGCCUGGAGAGCACUCGAUGCCCUUGGAGUUGCUACCAACCUCACCUCCAUCUAUCCUCCUUCCCAUGGGGGAUCCGUUACUAGUGUAGCUACUGGAGCUCAACAGCAGGUUUCUUUCUCUGGACCCUUGGACAGGGGAAGUAUGGAAGUGAGGUCAGUGCAUAGGAAAGCAUUGCUGGAAACUUUGGCUGAGGAACUGCCACCUGGCACAAUUCGGUUCUCGUCAAAGCUUGCAUCCAUCAGCAGCAACGAAACACUUAAAGAUUCACCUACUUAUGUCCUUCACAUGGAUGAUGGCACUGUUGUCAAAACAAAGGUGUUAAUAGGGUGCGAUGGGGUGCACUCAGCAAUCGCGCGAUGGUUGGGACUUUCCGCUCCCGUUUAUUCAGGUCGUGCAGCAGUGCGUGGUUUAGCUGUAUUCCCUGAAGGACAUGGGCUUAACCAUGAAACCCAGCAGUAUGUAGGUGACGGUUUCAGGGCAGGUUUUGUUCCUCUCACUAAUAAAGACGUUUAUUGGGGCAUCACCUACAAAAAAUCAUUAAUCAAUGGAGAAGAGACCAGGGACCCGGAGCUGAUACAGAAGGACGUAUUGGAGAACUUGGCCAAGAACCUCCCUGAAAUUUACUUGGAUAUGGCGCGACGUUGUGAUCUGGACACGUUAACAUGCGCACCAUUGAUGUUCAGGUACCCAUGGGACGUCAUAUUCGGUACCAUAUCUAAGGGUACUGUAACGGUUGCCGGCGACGCUAUGCAUCCAAUGACACCUGAACUGGGCCAAGGUGGUUGUUUAGCACUGGAGGAUGCGGUCAUCCUUGGACGGUGCAUUGGGAAUUCAUUACUGGAGAGUAGAAAAAUUGAAUCGAAAAGGGUUAAGGACGCAUUAGAGAGGUACGUUAAGGAGCGGCGAUGGCGUGCAGCUGGGAUGAUUACUGGGGCUUAUUUUUCAGGGUGGGCGCAGCUAGCAGGCUCAGGAUGGCUCUCAAGGUUCAUCAGGGAUAAGAUCUUCUAUGGGUUGCUUUUCAGUAAGUUGGUCGAUGCUACACACUAUGAUUGUGGAAAGUUGCCAUCAAUUUCUUCUCCGAUCGACAAUAAUAAACUAGAUUGAUUAUUUGAUGAUUCUUUCUGUGGUUACUAUAAUAAGAUCGCUGAUACUAUGCACUGCGACUGCGGAUGUCCAUUUUCUCUUUGAUUGACAAGCAUAAACUACAUUGAUCAAUAUAUUUUUUAUGUAAAUUCUAAAAAGACUGAUAAAUUAAGAUUUCUUGAAGUAGUUUUAAUGCAAACCUCUCACUCUCAUCCUCAGAACAAGUAGAAUGAGUAUCAUUGAUUAAGUUCCAUUUGAGUCAUUGCA